AUGCAAGCCUUACCAGACUCCCGCCAACAGACCUUCGAAGAGAUCUAUGGUCCUCCUGAGAACUUUCUCGAGAUCGAAGUCAAGAAUCCCCAAACGCAUGGCUCGUCACCCCGGAACAUGUACACCUCAUAUGAAAUCCAUACGCGAACAAACAUCCCAGCGUUCAAACUGCGCCACUCUGUUGUUAGGCGCCGCUAUUCAGAUUUCGAGUACUUCCGUGACAUAUUGGAACGUGAGAGCGCUAGAGUCACCAUUCCACCGCUGCCCGGCAAGGUCUUUACCAACAGAUUCUCCGACGAUGUGAUCGAGCACAGAAGGGAGGGCCUCCAAAGGUUCUUGCAGAUUGUUGUAGGCCAUCCACUGCUGCAGACAGGCAGCAAAGUCCUCGGGGCAUUCAUACAAGGUAAGGGUGUAACGGGUGUAACUUUUCCAGAUAUUGAGCGUUUAGAAAAGCUGACAGUCGCUGAAACGCAGAUCCCAAUUGGGACCGCAAUGCGUGGUGAGGUGGGCUAG